GGCCGUGGUGUCUGGUCCUAUACUUAGCUUGCCGCAGGCACCUGCUAUUCCUGUCUCACUCUGUAACCCCAUGAAGUUCCUCCGUCCGCUCCUCUUUUGCGCCGCGGCGGCGACGUCCUGUACUGGCGCGUCGUCGGCCGAAGUGGCAUCCACACAACCCUCGGCGUCUUCAGCAUGGCAAGAGCAUGCCGAGUCUGUUGCUGUUGCAGGGGUGGACCCAUCGGACCACGCUCGCUUGCUCCAAUCUGCACUGACCGAGUUCUACGGAAACGGCACGUCCUCUUCCCAUCCCACGGUUCGCCACAACGCCAGUCUUCCUCUGGUGGAGCUGGCCGCGUCGCAGGGUCUCGCGCGCGCGCAGUUUCUACUCGGUGUCGCCCACGCCACGGGUUUCUGGGGCGAUGUCCCGAACGACGCCAAAGCCGUCGUGUACCUGUACUUUGCCGCGGCCGGCGGCGACCUCGCUGCGAACAUGGCGCUCGGGUACAAGCACAUGAUGGGCGACGGCGUGCCCAAGAACUGCGACGCCGCGCUGCGGUACUACGAAGUCGUGGCGAACCGCGCAAUCGAAGUCCGCGAGAACGAGGACUCGCUGAGUCCGGUGCUGUACGACCAGCGCCACAAGCGACUCAAAACCCAGGCGGACCUCCAGCACAAGAAGAACCAGCCCGGCGACGUCGACGUGGUGGAAUACUAUCAUUUCUCGGCCGACAAGGGAGAUCCCGAAGCGUCGUUAAACUUGGCGCUGCUAUAUUACUAUGGCGCGAGAGGGGUCACGCAAGAUGUGAAGAAAGCGGCAACGUACUUUCAUAAAGCCCACGACUUGGGCGUGACGUCGGCGGCGGCCAACUUGGGCCACAUUUAUGCAAAUGGCAUUGGCGUGGACGUGGACUUGUCGAAAGCGUUCGCGUACUUUCAGGAAGCGGCGCACGAAGGCAACGCGGCGUCGCAGAACGGCCUUGCGACACUGUACUUGAACGGACGGGGCGCCAAAGAGAACAAGGUCAAGGCGAUCACCCUGUUUCGGACCGCCGCCAAACAAGGCAACGCCGACGCGUUCUACAAUCUCGGGACGCUGGCGCUCCAGGGCGCCCUCCAAAUCGACGGGAGCCCCGACUUUGAAGCGGCCUACGGGUACUUUCAGGUGGCGGCGCAGCACGGACACACGCAGAGCAUGCACAAGGUGGGCCACAUGGCCAUGCAUGGGAUUGGCGUCGCCAGGUCCUGCCGCGCGGCGCUUGAUGCGUUCAAAACCGUGGCGGAGCGAGGUUACUGGGAACAAGAGCUACGACAUGCAUAUCAGAGUUUCUCCCAGGGAGACUACACCACCGCGUUCCGAACGUACGUUGUAUUGGCUGAACAAGGUUAUGAAGUGGCCCAGCACAACGCUGCGUGGAUGUUGGAGAGUCAGCUGGGGAUGCCGUCCAGUCUGGGAUUAGGGGACGGUACGAUUCGGCUAUACAAGGCGGCGGCCGCCCAGGGCAAUGUGGAUGCAAACGUCAAAUUGGGCGAUUUUUAUUAUUACGGGUACGGGACGUCCACUACGCCGAGUUUUGCCAAGGCGAUGGCGCAUUACGUGGCGGCGUCGACCAAGCACGGCCAAGCCAGCUACAACUUGGGAUACAUGUACGAACACGGAGUAGGCACGACCCAGGACUUCAUGCUCGCGAAACGCUAUUACGACUUGUCAUUGGACAUCAACCCCGACGGCUACGUGCCGGUGACGCUGGCGCUGCACAAGCUGGCAUGGCAUCAAGCGUUGUUGCCGUUUCAACAUAUGACGCCGACGGAAUGUGUGACAUCGUUGGUGGCUGUGGCCCACCGCAAAGCGUGGGCGCAGUGGAAGCGCGUGGGCGGGUGGAUCGUGGGCAGUGGGGCGUUCGUGCUGAGCUUUGUAUCGGGGAUGGAUAUGGUGUCGCUGCUGGUGCAAGCCGAUGUCGUGCCAGAAACAGACACGCUGGUGAUUGCCAUCUUGGCCGUGCUCCUGGGAUUCGUGUGGACCCUUCGACUGCGUCGGCGGUAGAUGGAAUCAUCUUCCCUAGUAAAUAGGAUUCUUUAUAUAUAUAUAUAUAUAUAAGUGGCAAAUGUGUUUUGAUGGACAA